AUGGAAGAAAAAUCCAGCAUUGCGGUUUCAGUCCAGCCAUUUGGUUCAAGUUUUCAUUCACCCGCACUGUUACCUUCUAACACCAUUUUUUCUACCGCUUCAUCAUUAUCUACCACUCCUUCUUUAUCAACAAUCACGGAAAACAUACCACCUAUCACAUCACGUUCAAAAAUGUUGAAUUUAUGGGUUCAUGAUGAAAAAUUUUCAAAACAAGAUUUUAUUAUGAAUCCCGAUUGCUUUUCGGAUGCAAAACCCGGUCAAUUAUUAGAGAUUUAUCAUUCUACAGAAUCUUCUGAUAUCACAAAACAUUUAAUUGUUAAAGUCGGUGCGUUCGACAAAGAAUACAUUGGUAAAGAGAAACCAAUUUUACAGGUUGAUGUAGAAUCAGUUGCUGCUGAAUAUAUUGAAUUCUCAUUUCGUGAUCAAUAUAUUGGUAGAGGUGAUAUGUGGAGGUUAGCUCGUAGUCUUACUGGAACUUGCGUUUAUCUUGGCAAGAGAAUAGAGUUUGCUGGAUGUAUUCGUGCGCAAGUUAAAAAAAUUUAUGUUAACAAACGACAGAUGUCACGAGAAAUGUGGGAAUUUGAUGAAGAUGGAGAAUUAUAUUUUGAAAAAGCAAUUGAAUUUUUCUCGGAAUUAUUUAAGUAUUGGAAACAGCUGGGAACAAAUCAUGUAAUCUCAAUAGUUUUGUUUUCAAGGAUAUUUUAUGAUUAUGAAUAUUUGGAAAAUGAUUCUAAAUUAAAGGCAGAAGGUUCUAUGAUUAAAGAUUAUGACGAUAGAUGGUGUAAAGAUUUUUACAAGGUCAUUGUGGACUGGGAAACACGAUCAGAUUGGAGUGGUGUUCUGAUGUCUUUAAAAAAUGAAUUGUUAAAUUAUCAACCUGCAGUAUUGAUGAGAAAAAAACAAUGUCAAGAUGGUUGUUAUAAUGUUCUAGCUGGAAAAAAUUCUUAUGCCUUUGAGGGCAACGUAUUGGAAGCCAUUAAUCUUGCAUUGAAUCCAUUUGAUAAACAUUAUGUAGAUCGAGAUUUAAUGCGUACGGGUUUAUCAAUUAUAAUAGUAACUCCAGGAUGUGGAAGAUUCGAGGUUGAAAAAAAACUUUUGAGAAUCACGACUGAACGAAUAGUUGAUAACGGGAUUGGAUUGGAUCUUGUAUGUUUAUCAAAAGCUCCACUUCAUGCUGUUCCAUUAUUCAAAUUUAAAUCUCAGGAAAUAUCCAAAGCCCCAUUACCUGAUUGGUUUGAUAAAAAGAUGCAUAAAUGGCAGCAGGCAAAAGAUAUGUAUUUGGAAUCGAGGGAUCCAUUAGAUUUUGAUGAAAAUUCAAUGGAUGCUAAUUAUGUAUAUUAUCAAACUCCUGACUGGGUAGAAUGUAAUUUUUAUUCAAGAUACCAAGAUAAACCUCUUAAACCUGGCAAGUUUGUUCCCAGAUGUAGGAUGUAUGAAAUACAGAUGAUGGGAAUCAUGGAACAUGAAAUAUCUUCAAUAUUGAUUCCUCAUUUAGCAGAUAAACAAUUGCCUCCAGAAGAUGGUGAAUUUGAUUAUGAUAAAUAUGAUGAUGAAAUUUUUACUGAUGUGCGAUCAAGGUCAAGACAAAUAGGUUUUCCAUAUGGAAAUAUACAUCAGUCUAAUGAUUUAUCGCAACCACGUAGAAGCAAUGAUGAUUUUACAAUUUAUUCAAGAAAUUAUUCAAGUGAGCUAACGAGAAGUUUGCCAAAAGGAUUAUUACCGUUUGGUUUGACAUUAUCUAUUCAUCCUGAACAAAAUCGACAAUCUUCAACAAAUUUCAGAAGCCCUAGGCUUUCUGGAAGUAAUUUAAUUGAUUCAUCGAUUAUCAAUAGUAGAGAGCCUUUUAUGAGAUCUCAUUUGCAUGAAAGCUUUCAAGAAGGAAGUUUUCGAGGUGAUCAACCCGAUGAAGACGAUGGUCCAGUGACGACUUCUAGCACUGUUGAAGCGAUACCCAUUAGGACGACGACUAGAUCAAUGAGGAAUUCAAUUCCACCAUCACCUAAAGGAAGCAUUCCGGAAUCUAAUAAAAGCUCAUAUACCAGUGAGAAAGGACGAUCAAUAACUGCUUCGAGACACAUUCAACAAGUAUUGGUGAAUCCUUGUAAUCGCUCAAGUCAAACUGGAAGUGGAAUUCGAUUAAAAAGAUGGGAACAUGUCUUUCCACAACCAAAAUUAAUGAAUUCAGUUAAAUGGUCUGCGCUUUACACUCCAGCAUGUCUUCCUUUAACUACAGAUCAUUUUCCUGUAAUUAAUGAAUAUAGUUAUGAAGAAGGUACUUAUACAAUCUCUGUGGAUCCUGAAACGUUCUCAAUAAAUCAGGAACAUAGCACUGAAGAAAGUAAAACUGAAACACUAUUAAAUGAAAUGAUCUCACAGCGUUUAGCUCAAGGAUAUCAAUUGAUUGUACCUUCUAGUUCUACUAAUGCUACAGACAAUUCAAAGAGCAUUAAAUCUACAAGUAAUAUCGCUGAUAAUCUUUCGAUAAGCCCAGAAUUUACCAAGUCACCAAGUUUCAGAAAUAAUAGAGAACCAACACCGCAAAUUAUGCAAUUGAAUUCGUUUGCAGUUUCUAAUCCAUGUUACCUUAGCAUGGGACGUCAUGUCCACAAAUUGACUUAUUAUCCUGCGGAACAUGUAGAAGUCAAGAGAUACCUGCGUAAAACUGAAUAUAAGCAAGAACCUAAAGAAUAUUCUUGUGAUGUAUGGCCAAGAUGCCAAAAAUCUUAUGAGCUUAGAGUGAUUAAGUUUAAUUAUCCAAAUGUUAAUUACAAAUGGAAUCAUGUCGAUCAAUUAGCUUGUGGAUAUCAGGAUGAUCUUUCUGAUUCGGAUGAUUUAAGGUUUUGGAGGACAAGAUUUGUAUUGAUCCCAACAGAAAAUGUUCCAAGCAAUCUGUUGAAAACUGCAAAUGAAACUUUGGACGAAGAAGAAAUUCGAGUAAACGGAAUAUAUAAAUUUUUUGAACUUUUUGAAAAAGCGUCUUGGAAUCCAUCAAAUGAGCGAAAAGAAUCUAAUAAUAAAACAAAAAAAGAGAACAUAACUUCACCUCUCCAACCUACAACACUUGACCCAUCAAUAUUUGUGAAAUUCCCUGAGGAUGCGUAUCCACGACGGCCAUCUGUUAUCCCAGCAGAUGAAAGACUUAAUAGAGAAUCUAAAACUCAAGCAAUAGUUUCAGCGAUGAUGAAUCCAACUAGUGGGAUCGUACGAGAUAGACGAUGGCAUUUACGAUUUUAUCAAAAUGCGAUUGUUGGGAAUGAAUAUGUCGACUGGCUGUUAAAAAAAUUCCCUGAUAUUAACUCUCGUGAAGAUGCUGUGUCAUUUGGCAACGAAUUACAAGAAAGGGGAGUGAUUGAACAUUGUACUAAAAGACAUCAGUUUUUAGAUGGGUAUUAUUUUUAUCAAAUAAAAGAAGAUCACGCAGAACGAAAAUCUGCAAAAAAAUGGUUCGUAAGUAAAGCCGCAAUGUUUUCGGCAUCAAGCACUCCAAAUUCUCCCGCUACAACUGCCGCAUCAACAGAUUCUGAAAAACGACCAGUGAUCGAAUUAACGAAAGCUAUGCAAAUUGACAUUGAUCCGUCAAAAAAGAGUGAUAGAAGAGAAACUGCUACAUUACACUACGAUGUGGUGUUUAACCCUGAUAAUUGUUAUCAUUUUCAACUUCAUUGGCUAGGUUGUACAGCACGACUUAUUGAGGAAUUACUUCAAAAAUGGAGUGGAAAUGCCGAUAGGUAUGGACUAAAACUAGUCGAAGUACCUGUAGAACAGGCGAUAAGUUUGACUGAUAACAAUCCAUUUCAAUCACCCACCUUAAUAAAUUUAUCUGUACCACCACCAUCACUGGAAUCAUUGGGUAAAAAGUUACAUCCACUAAUAAACCAACAUUUCUAUUUUGAAAAACAAUUGAUUAAAUACUUUAAGUUUAUAUUGGAUGUUGAAGCCGAUGAUGCAUUUCCUAAAGAUGUAGAAGUUAAAUACUCGUAUAGUAAAACACCAUUUAAAUAUUCACAAUAUAUACACAGGUCUGGAGUUGCAUUUAUACAAAUUUGUGAAGAAGGAUACUUGUGGAUGAAUAAUAGAUUAUUUACAACACAUAAUCCAUCGUCAUCGUUAAUGAGCAGCGCUAUUGUUAGGAAUAGUGCGCAUUUACCAGCUUCAUUAUUAACCAAUUCAAACCUGAUUGGUGGUAGGGAUCCUAAUUUGAUUAGUGGUAAUUCUAGGGAUUCAAAUAUGAUGAGCAGUAGUGUUAGGGAUCCAAAUAUUGCGAGCAAGUGUGGUGCAAAUUUAGCGCCAAAUCCUGAUAUGUUAUUAAAAGAAUUUCAGAAAUUUUGUGGAAAUGAAGUACUAUUGAGAGAUUUUUGGGAUGAAGUUAUAAGUAGAUUGCCAGAGUCAGUUGAAGAUGAAACGGAGGAAGAGUUGCAAGAGCCUAAUGAUGUUGCGUAA